GCAAAGCAGGCUGAUAUCCUGCAUCAGGAUCAUGGAGUAUCUACCUAGCCUUCAGCAAGAGUUCGAUGAGCUCAAGCCGUCGCUCUUUGAACUGCUCGCGGAACAACAGCUAUCAGACCUUCUCCCUCCCUCAAUACGUUACAUUCUCGCCGUCGCUACACACCGUCACCCGCGAUAUCUGCUACGUGUCCUGAACUCCUUUGAUGAGGUUUACGCGUUGCUCUCCCUUGUCGUUGAGCGGUAUUACCUCCGCAACUUCGGCGGCUCUUUCACAGAGAACUUCUACUCACUCAAGCGCGAGCGUGUCCUCCUAACCAAGAAUGGCGAGAUACCUCGCGCUCAGCUUGGUGCUCCCGGACCUGUCCGCGAGAGCUUGAAGCUGCGUAAUUCAGACGUGUGGAAGAACCUCCUCGUCAUGGUCGGCAUUCCGUAUCUCAAGCGCAAGCUAGACGAAGGCUACGACAUCCACGCUGCUCCGCAAGCCUCGCUGAUCAUGAAUGGCGGCCCUCGAUAUAAUCCGAGCGACGAUUUACCACCACAUCCAACCAUCCGUCAACGCUUCAUGCACGCCUACAAAUGGUUCCUCCGCAACGUCUACCCCUCCUUCAAUGCUGCUUACUACUUCUCUAUCCUCGCCUUCAAUCUCGCUUACCUCUUUGACAACACUAAAUACUCCUCCCCAUUCCUCUGGCUGAUCGGUACCCGCAUCCGUCGUCUCAGCUCCGCAGACCACCAGGCCAUUGCCAAAAUCCUGGAAGGCAAACCUCAAACCCCCAACUCCCGCAGCGCACGAUCCCGUCCAGGCUCCGGUCUCCUAGGCCUUUUCAGCCCACAUAAUCUCUAUCCGCAACUUCUAACCUCUCUUCGCUACUUUCUGCCGGCGUCCAUCUUCGCUCUCAAAUUCCUCGAAUGGUGGCACGCCAGCGACUUCUCGCGCCAGCUCGCCCGCAAGGCCACCGACACUCUAGAUAUCCCAGCGCCCAUAACAAAGGGGAUGAUAUCGCCAUCAGAAAGGAAAUCUAGACCCCCAACAAAGCAAAAGGAAGACCCAGAGUCCCCAAAAUCAGCUCUUAAAACCUCUUCACCUCAUAAACGCAUUCAACCGCCGAUUUCCGCGUCCUCGUACCUACCCAUAUUCACCGUACCCCUCCCACCCGCUGACUCCGACGCCGCCUCAUCCUGCCCUGUCUGCCUGAACCAGCUCACCAACCCCACCGCCUGCCAGACAGGCUACGUAUACUGUUACGUAUGUAUCUUCCACUGGCUGAAUGGGGAGCAUCAGCGCCAGAUUGACUUCAUGAAUGGGGACGGUGCUGGGGCGGCUUGGGAGGACGACUCUGGUGAUGGCAUUGAUGCAGAUGGAGAUAGAAAUGAGACAGAGUCGGCAGCAAAGACUGGGAAAAGCCGGCACGGGAAAUGGGAGAGCGGGAAGGGGAGGUGCCCGGUUACGGGAAGGAGAGUACUGGGUGGAACAGAAGGGCUGAGAAGAGUACUUAUAUGA